AUGGUGGAUGGGUUCAACCUUAAGACCUUAUUCUCUCACAAAGACGAAAAAGAUUUGCGAUGGUUCAAUUAUAUUGGCGAUCAAUUUAUCCUCUCUGUCUUCAUUAUUUUCUUCUGCAUUAUUGGACUGGUGGGGAAUGGAAAUCUCAUCCGGCUUCUUGGCUUCCGUAUGAAAAGGAAACCUUUUGCCAUCUACAUCCUGAACUUGGCCGUGGCUGACUUUGGAUCCCUCGUGUUUCUGCUUCCGCUAGAUCUAUGUUUCAACCCACCAUCUUUCUAUGACUAUCCUGGGUGUCCUAGUGAUCUUGGCAGGUUUUUGUUCAGUCUCUUGCUAUUGACGUGCAGCAGUCGUCUGCUUCUCCUGACAGCCAUCAGCAUUGACAGAUGGGUGUCUGUCUUCUUCCCAAAUUGGUACCGACACCACCGGUCACCAGCGUUGUCCACCACCGUGUGUGUCUUCAUAUGGGCUCUCCCUUUUGCCCUCAUUGGGGUGCCCUUAUUUCUAUAUUAUAUUGAUUUGAUACGCUAUUAUUAUGCACCUGUAUUUCUUUACAGUUAUGCUCUGACUUCUUUGAUUUGUGUCUUAAUUUUGAUCAUCUCCACUCUGACUCUGUUCACCAGAGUCUGCUUGAAAUCACCAAGGUGUCAGUGUGGGAGUCUUUUGAGAGUGGUCUUAUUGAUGUUUCUCUCUUUCUUCCUGUUUAUGAUCCUGACAACUUUCUUUACCUUCACGCUGCCCGUCGGUAUACAGCAAUAUUUUGGUUUAUGGACCUCUCUAAACAGUAGUAUAAAUCCACUGAUUUAUUUCCUGGCUGGGAGACAGAAUGGUGGCAAAUUUCAGGAGAGAAUGAAGGCGAUCCUCCAGAGAGUUUUCAAGGAGGAGAGAGACACCAAGAUGGGACUACAACCACGUACCCAAACAAUGUUGUGAUGCCGUCAUUAGA